AUGGCCCAAACAACAGCAACGCUGGCUAAACUAAAACCAGUCUGGAGAGAUAAUAACAUCACUCUCAGAUCCAAGUUGAAACUCCUGCAUGCACUUGUGAUGGAGACAUCUUCUUGUCUGCUUAAAAUCCUGGACUUUAACAGCAGAACUGCAAAAGUAGAUUCAGCUAUUUAUUUCUUCCCACAGAUCAUCUUCUACGAGGAUAGGAACUUCCAGGGUCGGCACUAUGAGUGCAGCUCCCACUGUGCCGACCUCUCCCCUUACUUCAGCCGCUGUAACUCCAUCCGUGUCAAGAGUGACUGGUGGGUGGUGUACGAGAGACCCAACUACAUGGGAUACCAGUAUGUCCUGAGCAGGGGAGAGUAUCCUGACUACCAGCGCUGGAUGGGAUUCGAUGACUGUGUCAAGUCCUGUCGCAGUUACCCACCUUACCGAGGAGGCACCUACAGGAUGAGGAUUUAUGAGAGGCCUGACUUUGGAGGCCAGAUGAUGGAAUUCAUGGAUGACUGUCCCUCUGUCUACGAUCGUUUCCGUUACCGUGACAUCCACUCCUGUCAGGUGAUGGAUGGUUACUGGAUCUUCUAUGAACAUCCCAACUACAGAGGCCGACAGUAUUUCCUGAGACUCGGGGAAUACAGGAAAUACAUUGACUGGGGUGGCUACAACUCAGCCAUUGGGUCCUUCAGGCGCAUGAGGGACUUCUAG